UGUGAAAAUUAAUUAUUAGGUUUGUGAAUAGCAAUGUUGUUUCGGAGGAGAAUUCAUGCUUGAAUGAUGGCAGAAACGAACGUAAGAGAGCCGAGUGCCACAGUAGUGCCCUCUAGCGGUCAAAUCUCAGAUCUUACACUUCACUCAGCUGAACUUUUUCGUGCAGCCAUGUUUGCCGCUAAUGCAGUAAGACGCGCCGCGACCGCUGCCGUCAGAAGAGAGAGCAGACGCAAUGUCUCUGCCUACAACGAUGUCGUCGCAGCCCCUCCAAGCAACAAGGUUACCGUUACCGAGCAAGUCAUUCAGGGCAUUGUCUUGAGUGCAGGAGUUCUUGCUUACCCUGUUUAUGCUAUGUUUGAAGUUGCUGAACACAAGCGAGCGGAAUACGCUGAAAUGGAGGUUCCUGAAGAAUGGGAGGAAUGGAGAGCCAAGCAAAAGAAGUAGACUAGUAAUUUAUUAUCAGAAUGUAGUCAGAUUCCAGUCUUGCUUAAGAUGGGAGGUUGGUUUUAAUUGCAUUUAACUUCGCGACGUUUGUGUGCUGUGCAACGUAUUCAUUCCGAAUGGCAUUUCAGUGUGGUAUUUGAUUAUGUUCUAUGUGAGAUGAUAAUAUGCUUUUAACAUAAUAAAAUAAUUGUUACUUA